AUGAGCACCAAUAACAAUCAUUCCAAAGACAUCACCAACACCACCACGAGCAAUAAAACAUCAUCCAAAGCGCCUGCUAGUCGGUCCUUGGUGCAGAAUGUUCUACGAGGCCCGCGGAAAAUCUAUUUGAUCCAACCUUCCAAAAAGGUGGCGACAAGUCGAAAGCGACCUUUGGAAUCGGCUGCUGCUUCUGACGAUGAGGAUGAUGAUGAUGAGGAGGAGGAGGAACGCACCUCGUCGUCGAAUAUCUGGAAGAACUACAAGGAACAUCGACCUCCUGACACCAUUGCAAAUUAUCAUCAAGAUCCAGCAGACGACAGGGAAAAUGGUGACCAUGAUAUCUCAAACGACCAAACCGUAGCUCCAAUACAGCAACAGAAACAGCAAGCAACUACCAUUAGUCCCACAGGCAGUACAAACAACAACAACAACAACAACAAGGAGAACGUUGUCAACAAUUUGGAGCAAGGGGAUGACCAGAGUGACAAGUCUCGACAACGAAAACGAAAACGGCUCGACAGUACGAAUGAUGGAUCGAAUGCCGUCACAACCACUGAUGAUGCAUUGUCACCAACACAUAUUGCAGCCAUGCAAUCUCGAUCGAAACUACGACGACGACGACGAAGACAAAUCAAUUACUAUCGAAAGUGCCAUCGAGAUGACGACAUAUCCGCGCCACAAGUAGGGUAUGGCAGAAAGAUACCAUCAUCCAUUCCAACAUUCCAACUCGACUCUUUCCCACAACGGCGGUAUCAACUCUUGGCUGGUUGCCGAAUCAUGGCAGUGGCAUGGUUGGCCAAGCUGGGACAAGAAUAUCAGCAUUGCCAAGUUCUGCAGUCGCCCAUGUAUCGAAUGUUGCAGAUGCAAAUGCAACAUGCUCUCCAACAACAACAGCAACAACAACAACAGCAACAAGAAAGUCAUCAGCAACAAGUUCAGCAACAAGUUCAACAACAAGGUCAGCAACUGCAACUGCAACUGCAACAUCAACAUCAACAGCAACAGCAACAUCAACAGGAAAGUCAAAGCCAAUCACCAGUACAAAGCAAAAACGAACAGAACAAAAGAAGAGCAGAGGAGAAAUUGCAGCCGAGCCAAUCGACACAAAGUCAACAAUUACAAGAACAACAGCAGCAGAAAGUUCCACCAGAUGCACAAUUGUUGCAACGGGAAUGUUCCAUGUGGCAAACCCAAAACGAACAACUCCAAAAGGACUAUCAUAAGGAACGAAAAUCCAAACUUACUUUGGAACAAGAGAAUCAAAAACUCUUGCAGACCGUCAAAGCAUUGAAGGGCAAAUACAAAAAGCUCAAAAUCAAACAAAAGAAGGACUAUCAAACACUCUCUGGUGGUAGUGCUGGUAUUAUUGUUGGGGGCAAUACUAGCAAUACUAUUAAUGGCAAGGAAACAACAACAACGAUGACGACGAGUCCAAUGGCAUUGUCCAAUUCGCCAGUGACACCACCCACAUCCACAAAGAAUGACAAGAGGUCGUCUCCUUCCAAUCACGACGCUUCCCAAGGAAGUGGUUUGGUGCCACGUCGACUCGUCAAUGAUUAUUCGUCGUCACCACCUACCAAGGAACAACAACAACUACCACAACGCCAACAUCAUCAACAACAAAUCAAGGAGCACAAGGUCCGAGAGGAUGAGGUUCCAAAGGAGGCACACCAACACUCCACCAAUAAUCAAGAUGCUCUUGCAAGAAACUCUUCCAACCAUCAUGAUCCAAUGUUGCCACCAUUGGCUGCAACAAAAGUAUUGCAACAGCAGGAUGACCAGCAGCCGAAACAAAAGGCAAUUGAUCAAAAUGCUACCACCGCUCCAGCUUCUACAACGUCGGCCACUCGAAACUCUACUACGUUCCAAACUGUCAAGGGCGAAAUUCUUCCACCUCGCGCAUCCACUGCAGCGAAAGCAUUGGAUGAUGACGACGAAGACUCGUCAGAACAAACCAAGGACGAUGAUUCUCUUUUGGAUUAUUUCAUGGCGGACCGCCGAGUCCUACCAACAUCAUCAUCAUCAUCACCGCAAGCAUCCACGGAUGGCGCCUCUUCCAAAGCUACUACUACCGAAUGUCACGAGACUACUCAGCAGCAGCAGCAGCAGCAGCAGCAGCAGCAGCAGCAGCAGCAGCAGCAGCAACCAUUGCAUCACAACGCGGCAAAAGAUAAUGUGGAUUCUAGGGAACCAGCCACACAGACCGAGACUCAAGCGACAUCCGCAAGCUUUCCUGCUAGCAUUCCACCUUCCGCAAACUUGCUAUUGGAUACAGCUCCGGAGAUUCAUUCACCACAACAGCUGCUGCCACCGGAAUCGAACUUGUUGGAAGAAGGAACAGCCACAGAGAUGUAUGCUCCGCCAAUGCCAAUGCCACCACCACCACCACAAGCGACUGUCGAGUCGUCAACUGAGAAUGCGGACCAACAACAAGCGGAAAGCCCAAGUGACAGCAGAAUCAUGCCAAAUCAAAGAUCCGAGACUAUGCCACCUCCUGCAACGUCCAAUGCAUCUCCGACUGUCUUUUCCAACAAACCAUUGAUCUUUGACUCGCCGCCGGAUGUCAACGAGGCAUCCCAAACGACCUUUCACGAUGGCAUGACCAAUCCACCUCGUCCACGAGGGACUCUUGUGACCCAUCCUUCCCGCAUCCGACUGAGUCUUCCUAUGGCAUCCAAGCGAGAUACUUCACAAGUGUCUGUCGCCAGAGGUGCAAACGACGAUCCCAAACGUCAGAAUCCGCGAAGAGUCACACUGAGCCCACAUACCAAAGUGAUGGAGCUCUCUCCAUUGGACUUGACUCAAAAGUCCAAUAAUCGGUCGUCCACAACAGCACAGAAGAGUCUUGUAGUCCCAGAAAAAGGUCAAGCUUCGAGUGACACCACGAAUCUACCAACCAGCAGACGAAGCCAUAGUGGGCACUAUACUGGCUAUGCCCGUAACUUGUAUCGACAAAAGGCACGAGACGAGCCAAAGCCAGACGAUGUUCCCUCUGAUGACGCAGGAGAAAGUCGGAUCUUUCCUGGUAGCCAAGAGAGAUCUCUAGUUCCCACUUCAAAAACACCCGAACCAACGACGACGAAACCAACCGCCUCGUCUGCCAGCACCCAACGGAAGAGUGCACCCAAGCAAUUGGUGGGGCAGACAUGGAUCCAAAACCGGCAUUAUAACGAUUUCAUGGAAGACUCCCCCCCUUUGGCCAGACACGCAUCUGCCGCACCACAGCCAUAUGUUCGGAAAGUCAUGGGAGCCCCGGGCAAAAGAAUGGGACCCAACGGCACCCGAUAUGAAGAAGUCGUCCGCAACAAAGCGGAGCGGGAGACAAUGAUCUCUAGUGACUGUCCAGACUGUGCCGGUUUCUUGAACCAGCUGGAACGUGAUGGGUACAAACGUGACGAGAUGAGGUGCAUGUGCCGGCACAAGACACGGUAUACUCCUCCCGAAACACCGCAAGACUUUUGGGAGCUAAGUUUCAUUGAUGAAAUCGAGAAACGGCAAGCACGUAUUGACAAGAGCGACCAAGAACAAGGUACAACGCAGGAUAUCUAG